UUUAGUUUCUUUAACUACUCGUUCGUUCUGCUUGUUCUCGUCGUAGCCCACCGUGGAGUGGAGUCGCUCCUGCUCGUCGCAGCCUCUCUUGGUCUCUACAACCAUUGGAUCUGACGGUCGAUUUGUCUUCCACUGCACCUGCACCUGCACCUCUCUUCUGUGGCCGAUGUCGUCUUCUGCUCGCCAGAAAUUUAAAUUUGGCGAUGACGAGGGCUGUUGGAGUUGGAAUUUUGGGGUUCCUUUGCCAAAUUUGAUGAUGGAUUUAGCAAUCUGUUCGAGUUAGCCGGAAUCGAGCUUGCCCCCUUCUCAUCCAUUCAUGAUCAAGAACUUGCGUCAAUCACGCACCUUCCUUCCAUGGCAGCAGCGUCUCUCCCGUCUUGCAAGAUUUAUAUAGUAGCUGAUCCUUCUCGCUCUCUCUCUCUCGACUUCGUCUUCGGUGCUGUGAGUCGCCGAGAUUCGCAGAACCCCCGUCCCUAAUCCCUGUUGGCCAAAGCCCCAAACAGCAAAAGGUCGUGGCUUGGCGGCUUCCGAUGAGAAGUGGUCAGAAGCCACUGCCGUCGGCCCGACACUCCCUCCCCCAGCACCCACGCGCACUGCUCGCCUUGGCUGCCAAACCGUUUGAUGAGCUAAUAGACAUCGUGGAUUCUUUAACCUCGAAACUCAGGAGAGGGAAGAACCCAAGAGAGAGAAAAUCCGCUCGUCCCGUGGAAGCAAGCAAAAGCAAGGCGGCGGCGGCGGCGGCUACUACUGGUGAUCAGACUAAAGAGGAAGAGAAAAACAGCUCAAACCCUGCUGGCAUGAUUCUUCAAGGGGAGAAUGAUCACAACUUGUUAGUGCAGACUGUGACAAGGCAUCUGGAAGAUUUGAGAGAUGACAGUCCUUGAAGUUCUGAUUGCAAAGUUGACAGAUAUAAAAUAUGGAUCUUUCUUUUGGUUCAGGGACUCUGGGAAGAAUAUUGUGUUGGGUUCUGAAUGAAGUAUAGAAAAAAUAUUGUACUGGUGAUAAUUUACUAUAUGAUUUUGGUUAUGGUCAUUAGUAUCCUAUCAAAUGAUCAAUAAAUUAAAUGCUUAUUAUG